AUGGUGGCCAUCUGUAACCCUCUGCUUUAUGAGACUGUCAUCUCCUGGAAAGUCUGUGUGGGCCUGGUGGCUGGUUCCUACUUGGCUGGAUUUGCAAAUGCUACCCUGCUCAUCAGCUCCACUUCCCAAUUUACUUUCUGCGGCUCCAACAUGAUCCACCACUACUUCUGCAAUGCCCUCCCCCUUCUGCAGCUUUCUUGCUCUGAUACCUGUAUCAAUGAAAUCCUGCUCUCUGCUGGGGUGGGCUUGAUCCAAAUAAGCAUGGUGAUGACACUCCUAUACUCUUAUCUGCACAUUCUGAUCUUCAUCCUGAAAAUCCCAUCUCCUGAGGGGAGACGCAAAGCCUUCUUCACCUGCAGUUCCCACCUAAUAGCUGUGGUGAUAUUUUAUGGCACCAUAUAUUUAAUCUAUUUAAGGCCCGACACAAGUUCGUCCCUGUAUGAAGACCUCACUCUGUUGAUUUUUUACACCAUGAUGAUCCCUAUGCUGAAUUUCCUAAUCUACAGCAUGAGGAAUCGGGAGGUGAAAGUUGCCCUCAGAAAUGCAAUGGAAAGAAGAGUGCCCUGUAGGAGACCUUGUAAUUCAAUUGCUUUGGCGACUACAGAAUGUUUCCUGUUGGCAGCCAUGACCUUUGAUCACUUCGUAAUCAUCUGCAAUCCACUGCUCUACACAGUCAGCAUGUCUAACAGAGUCAGCAGUGAGCUGGCCAUUGCAGUGUAUAUUUAUGGUUUCCUCAAUUCACUGAUACAGAACACUAUGAUUUUGCAAGCCUCAUUCUGCGACUCCAGUCCCAUUAAUCACUUCUACCUCGCUGAUCCACCUCUAUCUCUUUCCUGCUCUGACACUCAAGUUAAAAAGAAACAGAUCUUCAUUAUUUCCAUAUUGAAUCCUGUCAGCUCUCUGCUGGUGGUCUUUCUCUCAUACUGUUGCAUCUUUAUUGUGGUCUUGAAAUUCCCUUCAGGAGAGGAAAGGUGUAAGGCUUUUUCUACCUGUGUAACCCUCCUGACAAUCAUUGCUUUGUAUUAUGGCACUCUCUUCUCCGUGUAUUUUCAACAGCUGUAUACAAAUCACACCUUGCCCUAUGACAAAGCAGCCUCUGUGUUUUAUGGUCACAUCGUUCCCAUGUUGAACCCCGAUCUAUAG